GCAGUGCAAGGGUUAAUGGCUUUUCCUAUUACAGGUUUGCUGUCUGGGUUGAAACCAAGGGCGCAUCGCUGGGCUGUUCAGAGCCUGGUUCUCAAUCCCGUAAUGCUCAUCCUCAUCCUCGUCCUCCUCAUCGCCCUCAUCGCCGUGUCAGCAAAGAAACUUGAGCCGUCUCCAGCUGGUGCUGCCUCCCCAGUGGCUGCCUGCCCAGACAGCUGGAUCGGGCACCUGGGGAAGUGUUACUAUUUCUCACAGGCUGAAGGGAACUGGACCUACAGCCAGAGCCACUGCUCUGCCCUCGGUGCCUCCCUGGCGGCGAUUGACACCCAGCAGGAAAUGGAUUUCCUGAUGCGCCAUAAAGGACCCUGUGACCACUGGAUCGGCCUCCAAAGGGAACCGGGCCAACCAUGGAGAUGGACCAGUGGGAGUGAAUUCAACAACUGGUUUACAAUAGCGGGAGGAGGACCAUGUGCUUUUGCAAACCACGAUGGUAUUUCCAGUUCAGGCUGCUCCAUAGAGGGACGCUGGAUCUGCAGCAAAGCAGCGGAGAAACCAGCAGGCAGAGCAAAGUGACUGACCCUGGAUGCGUCGGGCCUUGUCCUGUCAGUGGGGCUGGCCCAGCUGCCUCAGCGCGUGGGGAACUGGACGGGGCUGGCGAAGGGGGACAGCCCAGCAGCAAGGAAGAGAGUCGCUCGCUGAAGGACAUCAGGUAGCUCCUCCCCUUGGAGCCUCUGGCCCCCAUUGGCCAUUGGGGCACUGGGGUGAGGGUGCGGAUUGGCCGGCAGCCCCCAGCUCACUCUGGCACAGAGACAGGAACCUUCUGACUUGGAAAUCAGCAGGGGAGCAGCCAAGCUGCUGUGUCCCUCCUGUCAGGGGCCCAGGGCAGGAGCCUGGCCCGGGCUGUGGCUAGAGGCCAAUGUACCGGCUGGGGCCUUCACGAGGUGCUUCAGCCCCUGCAGCCAUGGGGCCUUCGGGAGGGGCUGUGACCCCUGCAGCCUGGGGCGAAGGGGCCGGUGUGACCCCUGCAGCCAUGGGGCGAGGACGCAUGAACUCUGCUGUACAGCGAGAAGGGCUGUUGUGCAGGCCCUGCUGAGCACUGUGGGAUCGUGAAGAGACGCCG